AUGCCCCCUGUACUCGUUCCCGGAGCAGCGGCUGUGACUGCAGAGACUCGGAGGCGCACAAAGCAGCCACAUGAGACCCUGGCCGAUGCCAAUGCAAAGUCCCUGAGUCAGAAAGAUCUGCCAGUAUUCCACGGCCAGACUUGUUACAAAGGUCCCGAGACUAACAGCAACCCACCUAGGGCUACAAUCGGCCUUGCCAAUCCAGCAUCUGUUGCGCGGCCAGAGAGCGUCGAGAUGAACAAAAGACAGAAGACUUGGAAGCCACCGAUCCACGAAAUAUCGGAUGGGGUCUGUGGUAGCGUAGUUUCAUAA